AUGAAUAAUGUGCAAUAAUUUGAUAGGUCAUUGUUGACUGUUGAUAUCGUGGGUGCUCAACCAAAAUAGAAGAGUUCUUACUUAGACAAGAUCCUUCCUCAAGAUAUUCGCUAAGCAAAUAACAUAAAAUUGCAAUAUACAAUCCCUAAACAGGAUCCCCAAUAUGGUCGUAGGAGGUAUUAGCAUGAUUUUCAUCAUUUCUGCAAUAGUUGUGUUCCUUAAGGAGAGAACUAUUUCGAUGGUUCACACAAAAAACAUUACAACUUGCACUUAGGAGAAAUCAAAUAAUAUCGAGCCCUGGAGAAUUACUAUGAUUAACCAAAGAAAUCUAUAAGGGGACAGAUUAAGGAGCCAUUCCAGGGACACACACAAGCAAGACAAGAGAGAGAACACUUAAGAGCACAAAAUAACAAGGCACUCUAUCUAUCCCAAUUGGAGACCAACGUAGAUUAUUAAUCUGAAAUUGAAAAACAACCACAAAGGAUUAAAUCAUACUCUAUCUAACCUACUCCUUAACACUAGGUUUUCGAAAGCAGAGUAAGUGAACCCCAACAACCAAAGUAUGAUUACAUGAACAAGCCUUUAAAACUACCGCCAAUUAUGGAGAGAGACACUCCUGUAAUCAAUCCUAUAUCUAACAAAUUGUAACUGCGCUAAAAUUACAAAAAUUAUCUUUUAGAAGAUUAUGAUAAGACAAUAUCCAUGUUACAAUAAAAUUAACCUAUGAGAUUAUUUGUAUGAUCAUAUCAAUUAUACCAUUUUUUACUUCUAA